UCUCAACAUUCCGAAAGUAUGUUUUACAGAAGACAAGGAUAUUACUAUCGGCUUAUCAAACAUUUACCGUUUCUCAAGCAUUUCGAUAUCUACGAUCCUCAGUCGUUUAUCCGCGAAGAUGUCCUGGAUAACCUUGUCGUCUGCAUGCUCGUCUACUGCCUUUUCUAUUUCGGUCUUUGGUACGCCGACAAGGUCAUCAAACAAAUCGAGAAAGUAAACGAGAAAAUGGACGCGGUUGUACGUGAUAAUAAAACCAAACUCGAGGACCUGAGCACCCUGAAAAAGAAACGGUUAGAGUACGAGGAUGUGGUUGUCAAAACGAAGGGAGUACAGCGUCAGAUCGAAACUUAUCUAGACAACGAACUGGAAAAAUUGACCGCGGAACUGACAACGACGGAGCGGAAAAUAGGCGAUUUGGAAAAAGUGUUUGGAAAAUGCAAAUAUGUGGGAAGCACUUUCAACACGGGAACACCCGUUUCCGGUCCGGAAGGCGAAAUGGCGAUCGAGGACGGUCAGAUAUCCUCGGAGGAAAAACCGGAAGACGUUAAGGUAUUGGAACCGUCGUUCCCGCCCCCCUUACCUCCCGAACCUCCACCCCGGAAGUACGGAAUCUUCGUCGCCAGGCCACCCGGACAUCGCGUCAUCCCCGGAUUUGGACCACCACCCCCUCCACCGCCCCCAAAAAUCGGAUUCAAGCUGCCUAGCGUCUGCUGAGCUUUCGG